AUGCUGCCAAUGACGUGCCGGCGGUGGUCCGACAGCCCUGUUUAUGACAUUGUGGCUCAUGCCCCAUCCACUCAAGCCUCUGUGCGUGCGCCAAGUCUCACAGGUGCACCUCUAGCGUUACCUCUGGUCCCUGCAUUCAAGCAGAAGGGGAAUUUUCAAUCACCAUUGUGGACACUGGAGAAGCAGGAGGAAAAUAGUGUAAAGGACACCGUGGCGCCUGCAGUGACUCCAGCAGCACGUUCGACUGAGAAAGGUGUGGGGGAGACGCAGCGACUGAAUUGCUUUUCAGUGUCGAGCUUUCAUCCGCCGUCUCCAGUUUAUUUACAUGUAGAGGCUGAGGUGGAGGCUGCGGGGCGGCGAGCUUGUGCUGGAGCUGAAGCCGAGACGGUGGAGAAGGGGGAAGUGACCAACCACCUGCCUCAACCCAAAUACUGUCAGACUCCUCAUCCAUGUGAUGAUCAGAAGGAAGUGGAACGAACGCCGCCGUGGGAAAUCGUGGCUCAGGUGGAGACAGUACAAGAGAUUGUGCGCCGUUCACGUGAGACUGGGAUGCAGUGCGAGGCAGAUGUGGUCCGAUACUUGAGGCCAGAAGAACAGCUGCUUUGGCGCUCGUUGAAGAAAAACUUGACCACUCUGCACGAUAAGGCCUUGGAGCUGACUGCAGGGAUCCGCGAAUGGGAAAAGGUAUAUUCAGCAGAUGCCUUGACAAGGGUGAAGAAGAGGCUUCGGCUGAUCCAAUCUAAAAAGCACCUGCUACUGACGGAGUGGGAAAAGGUGGAGGAUCUCUGUUGGGAGGACCUCACGGCGCAGCUGUUGCACGGCGCCGGAAACCUAUUGGGGGCCCUUGGCGAUGCCUCCCUUCUGGCAAACGUUCUGAAAUUAAGUGCGUGGUUGAGACUCUGCAUGUGUCUGUGUCGGUGUGUGUGUCAGCCAAUAUAUAUAUAUAUAUAUAUAUAUAUAUGA